CGGUGAUGUAAUUGUGUAUAUUUCAAGGAGCAUAUCUAUACCUAUGUUUUUUUUAUAAACAAACUAAUAAUCAAAAAUAAAAAAAUUUCAAACUCAACAACCCCUAUUCACUCAGCCUUGCAUGAAUUAGUCACCUCGACGGGCACCACCGUUGCGCACUCUACGGCUCUUUUCCUCUUCUGAGUUGCCUUUAUCAUCUACUCUACCUCUAGUGCCUCACCGCAGCAUGGCGUCAUUGCCAACGCCCGACCCGCACCCCGCCUGUUAUCCCCGGCUCCCGUUCGCUGCAACUCCUCUGUCUCCCCCAUCUUCUCGGCUCCUUCGCUUCUUCUGCCCCUCGUGCUGCCUUCUCUUGCCUUCUCUUACCGCUGCGUCCCUGCCAGCGUCCCUUUCUGCCCUGCUUUCUGCCCAGAGCCGUCCCCCCAAGGCCUCCCCCCGAGGCUUACGGGGCAUCCUCACGGACCUCCUCCGGAUCCGCGUCCGCCAAUUUGCGAUAGCAGGCGUCCGCCAUUGUUCUGUUCUGGCGUCCUUCCUGCGCCUGUCUGUCUCUGCCUAUAUCUGCCCGGCUACUGGCCGGGAUAUCUUGGGCAGGGCUGGUGCCUGUCGCAAAGCGUAAGAGUCAUCGCUGCAGACGCCAGCCGUGUAGUCUGUUGCCAUCGGCACCGGCACCACUCAAGCCCCCCGUGGUCGUAAACCAAGUCCGGCCGCCAGCUGCGAGGCUUGCGCAUCUGGCGCCGGGGCAGCGGCGGGCACUAGGG